UCCACGUUGCUAGGGGGAUUCUGAUAGGUUGCGCCGAAAGGUUUGCGGUGAGGCCCUGCCCCCACUGGAACGCUGUGGGCUUAUCAGGUGACGGACUGCGGUUCCGAAGUCUGAAGCGGGUGGCUGGACCGAGUGUGUCGCGAGGCUUCCAGAGUCCAACAUACAAAGCUGAGACAAGCAGAACAGAGCUGAGCUGAUCCUCAGACGCUGAGUCCGGAGCAAUGUUGCUGAAGACAGUGCUCUUGCUGGUACUGGUAGCCCAAGUGCUGAUGCUGGACAAUGGGCUCCUACGGACGCCACCCAUGGGCUGGCUAGCCUGGGAACGCUUCCGUUGCAACACUAAUUGUAAGGAGGACCCAAAGAACUGUAUCAGUGAGCGACUCUUCUUGGAGAUGGCUGACCGGCUGGCGCAGGAUGGAUGGCGGGACCUUGGCUACAUAUACCUCAACAUCGAUGACUGCUGGAUCGGAGGGCGCGAUGCCAGUGGCCGCCUAGUGCCUGAUCCCAGGCGCUUCCCUCACGGCAUUGCCUUCCUGGCUGACUAUGCUCACUCCCUGGGCCUGAAGCUGGGCAUCUACGAGGAUUUGGGUAACUUGACCUGCAUGGGUUACCCAGGCACCACACUAGACAAGGUUGUCCUGGAUGCCCAGACCUUUGCUGAUUGGAAGGUGGACAUGCUGAAGCUGGACGGCUGCUUUUCAACCCCUGAGGAACGAGCUGAGGGGUACCCCAAGAUGGCUGCUGCCCUGAAUGCCACAGGCCGCCCCAUUGCCUUCUCCUGCAGCUGGCCAGCCUAUGAAGGGGGCCUCCCCCCAAGGGUGAACUACAGUCUGCUGGCAGACAUCUGCAACCUCUGGCGAAACUAUGACGAUAUCCAGGACUCUUGGGGUAGUGUGCUGUCCAUUUUGGAUUGGUUUGUGCAGCACCAGAAUGUACUGCAGCCGGUGGCUGGCCCAGGGCACUGGAACGACCCAGACAUGCUGCUCAUUGGUAACUUUGGCCUCAGCUUAGAUCAAGCCCAGGCCCAGAUGGCCCUGUGGACGGUGCUGGCGGCCCCUCUCUUCAUGUCCACAGACCUGCGUACCAUAACUCCCCAGAACAUGGACAUUCUGCAGAAUCCACUCAUGAUCAGAAUCAAUCAGGACCCGUUAGGCAUCCAGGGACGCAGGAUUCGUAAGGAGAAAUCUCACAUUGAAGUGUUCAUGAAGCCCCUGUCCAACGAGGCCAGCGCCAUAGUCUUCUUCAGCCGCAGGACAGAUAUGCCUUAUCGCUACCACACCUCCCUUGCCCGGCUGACCUUCAACAAGUCUCUAACAUAUGAGGCGCAGGACAUCUACACAGGGGAUGUCAUCAGUGGCCUCCGGAUUGAUACCUUCUUCACAGUGACCAUCAAUCCUUCGGGGGUUGUGAUGUGGUACCUGUAUCCCAUCAAGAACCUGGAGAUAUCCCAGCCUUAGGACAUGCAGCAGGCUGUGGCAGCACCACUGAGCCCAGACCACGGAGCCUCAGCAUGCCGAGGACAAGAGGGCAGAGUUCUGACCCCACCGUAUCCAAAGUGCAAUCUGAGGGCCAAGUCCUGGGCCCUACUCAAGUGUGAAUCCUCGUGGAAACUUGGGGCAAUUUCCUGUGGCCUUCCUGGCCUGUACUUCGACUGCAGGGCCCCCCAGAUGUUGCUAAACAACUAGUCCAGCCUCCUGAGCCCCCAUGCCCAUCUGGGCUCGAGACUUUGACCUUGUUGACUCAAAUCAGGAUUUGGAAUUUUUCUAAUUAGGAGUAGAGACCGCUUGCCAGGAACUCUCCUGAAUCGUGUGAUUGGCUUUCCUACCCAGAGAAGGCCUUGCAGGCUGAUGCCACCUGGGAGUGAGGUCAGAAAGGAGACUUUGGCUCCCUCAGGUCACCAAUAAAGCUGUUCUUUAAUCAA